AUGUUGAUCAACUCUGCUACUCUUUCAGAUGAUCCGACAUCUCCUGAUCGAUGUGCUGUUAUUAUGGGAUCGAGAGAGCAGAUUUAUAAAGCUACCGAGCUCAUUACUGAACUGGUUCAUAAAAGCUGUAGUGGCUCACUUAUGACCGGUCAGUCAGAGACACCUCAACUUCAGGCUUUCUAUAUGCAUGUCCCAUCAAAUAAGACGGGUCUCGUUAUAGGUAAAGGAGGAGAGACUAUCAAACAGAUAAAUGCAGAAAGUGGCGCGCACUGCGAGUUAUCUCGCGAUCCUCCACCGAAUCCUCAAGAAAAGGUCUUCAUUAUCCGUGGUACUCCAUAUCAAGUUCAUCAUGCACAACACAUUAUUCGCAUCAAGGUAACGUAA